UUUUCUUCACUUCUGGAUAUGCAGACGAGCCAUAUUGUAUAAGUAAAGGAGUAAAUAUAUCAGUUAUCUGAUUUUUUUCGGUGGAAUGGGUGAUUGGUGGUCGACAGGCCGUGGAGGCGGAUGGCAAGUACUGUUUUUCAUUCUUUGUCUAUGCGCCCUAGAUUCCGUGACUGGGCAGGCACUGUAUACCAUACCCGAGGAGCAGGCAGAGGGGUCGAUCGUUGGAAACAUUGGUAGAGAUUUAGGCUUGGAGGUGAAGAGACUAGUGUCCGGUAAAGCUCGUAUUAUAACCAGAGGAACUCGGCAGUAUGUAGAUCUGAACCGAGACAAAGGGAUUCUCGUUGUUAAAGAGCGAAUCGACCGAGAGGAGCUAUGCGGACAGACUACCCCGUGUAGCUUCAGCUUUGAGCUUAUUAUAGAAAACCCCAUUCAGUUAUAUCGGGUUACAGUCGAGGUUCGCGACAUUAAUGAUAAUACACCAUCAUUUCCAAAGGAAGAAAUCAGUUUGGAAAUCAGUGAAUCUGCGGUGUCAGCUACGCGCUUUUCCCUGGAGAGCGCCGUCGACCCAGACGUUGGUGUUAACGGUAUACAAAAUUACUAUCUCAAACCGACAGAUCAUUUCCAAUUAGAGGUACACAGCCUAUCCAACGGUGGUAAAUACAUCGAGAUGAUUUUACAACACCCCCUGGACCGAGAGAAGCAGGAGACCCUCUCGUUGGUGCUUAUAGCUACAGACGGAGGCGAGCCUCAGAGGUCUGGUACUGUCCGCAUCCAUAUUACAGUGCUGGAUGCUAACGACAAUGCACCAGUGUGUGGGCAACCAGUUUAUAAAGCAGACGUCAAAGAGAGCUCUCCGAAGGGGACUUUGAUAACCACCGUCAGUGCAAAUGAUGCAGAUAAAGGAAUAAACGGAGACGUAACUUUUGCUAUGGCUCAUGUCUCCAAAGAAGCUAAAGAACUGUUUGAGCUGAACGUCAGCACCGGAGAAAUUAAAUUGGUAGCUAAAGUAGAUUUUGAAAAGACAAACAGUUAUCAAUUAAAUGUACAGGCAAAAGACCACUGGGGUCUUGCCGAUACUUGUAAAGUACUUAUACAAAUUACUGAUGAAAACGACAAUGUCCCCACAAUACAGCUCAUGUCAUUUUCUCAUUCGAUUUCCGAGGAUUCUCCCCUUGGUACCACUGUAGCUGUUAUUAACGUAGAGGAUGCAGACUCGGCUGGGAACGGUAUCGUUCUGUGCUCUAUUAAUGCAGAUAUUCCAUUCAAAAUAGAGUCAUCGUUAACUGAUUAUUAUACAAUAGUCACCGACAGUCCUUUGGAUAGAGAAACGGUGUCGGAGUACAACAUCACCAUUAACGUUUCAGAUGAAGGCUCUCCGCCUCUCUCUAGCAGUAAGAACAUAACAGUUAAAGUAUCAGAUGUCAAUGACAACCCACCCAAGUUUGUUCAACCUGAAUAUAGUAAAUCUAUUCAGGAAAACAACUCGCCAGGGUUUUCGAUAUUUUCAGUGAGGGCAAGUGAUGCUGAUUGGGGCCAAAAUGCUCGUGUGUCCUACUUUCUUGAUGAUAAACAAGUUAACGGGUUGGCUGUGUCCUCUUUCGUCUCAGUAAACUCAGAAAAUGGUGCCAUCCAUGCUGUUAGGUCAUUCGACUACGAACAAAUAAAGUCGUUUGACUUCAACGUCACUGCACGUGAUGGGGGGUCUCCCCCUCUCAGUUCAGUGGUGGCUGUUAGAAUUUUGGUCCAGGACCAGAACGACAACGCGCCUCAGGUUCUGUAUCCAGUCCAGACUAGCAGCUCUCUGGUGGCUGAAAUGGUGCCUCGUUCAGCAGAUGUGGGCUAUCUUGUGACUAAAGUGGUGGCUGUUGAUGUGGACUCUGGACAGAAUGCCUGGCUCUCGUACAAACUGCAGAAAGCGACAGACAGGGCACUAUUUGAAGUGGGAUUACAGAAUGGAGAAAUAAGAACUAUACGCCAAGUCAAUGAUAAAGAUGCUGUGAAACAAAGGCUCACUGUUGUAGUGGAGGACAACGGACAGCCCUCUCGUUCAGCUACAGUCAAUGUUAACGUGGCGGUGGCGGACAGCUUCCCUGAAGUGCUCUCGGAGUUCACUGACUUUACGCACGAAAAAGAGUACAAUGACAACCUGACUUUUUACUUAGUCUUGGCUUUGGCUGUAGUCUCAUUUCUAUUCAUCAUAUGUUUAGUGGUUAUUAUAUCAGUGAAAAUAUACAGAUGGAGACAGUCUCGCAUCCUCUUUCAUUCCAAUCUCCCGGUUAUUCCGUAUUAUCCACCGCGUUACGCAGACACUUUGGGGACAGGAACUCUACAGCACGUGUACAAUUACGAGGUGUGCAGGACGACUGACUCCAGAAAGAGUGACUGUCAGUUCGCCAGACCCUGUAGUCAGAACGUACUGAUAAUGGACCCCAGUUCUACAGGGACGAUGCAGCGGAUGCAGAACGAACAGAACAUCCUGGAUGAACCAGACUCCCCACUAGAGGAAAACAUCACAGUGUUUCAUCGCAUUUGUUUACAGCUCGUGUGGACUUAUUGUAUAAUGUGGAUUGCGAUGCGGUGGUACGACGUCACGGCUUCUGCCAGAAAUGAGCGCUGUAUCGAACGGCAAGUACAGGCCUUGAUUCUUGUGAGCCUUUUCCACAUGAUGCUCGGGCAGAUUCGUUAUUCUAUUCAAGAGGAGAUGAGAAAGGGCUCGUUUGUUGGAAAUGUGGCGGAGGAUUUAGGAAUGAAUGCUAAACAAAUGAAAUCGGGAGGUGCUCGCAUUGUUAGUGGUGAUAGCAGCGAGUAUAUCAGGUUGGAUGUAGACAAAGGGACCCUGGUCGUGGGAGAGAGGAUAGACAGGGAGCAGCUUUGCGGGCAGACAUCGCCCUGCAGCUUGAGCUUCGAGAUGAUUAUGAUGAAUCCAAUGCAGCUGCAUAGUAUUCUAGUAGAAAUACUAGAUGUUAACGAUAAUGCCCCCUGUUUUAACGAAAAGGAAAUCAAAUUAGAUAUCUCUGAGGCUGCUCUGCCGGGGACACAGAUAUUGCAGGAGAGUGCGACAGAUCCUGACGUUGGUAUCAACGCGCUUCAAGGCUACACAUUGCACCCGACCGAUAAUUUCAACAUUAAAAUCAAGACUGGUCCCGACGGCAGUAAAUAUGUGGAGAUGUAUCUGUAUGCGCCUUUAGACCGAGAGAAAAAUGAUAACCUGCCUCUGACUUUGACUGCUGUGGAUGGCGGUGAACCGCAGAGAUCUGGGGCACUUAAAAUACAAAUAUCAGUACUUGAUGCCAAUGAUAAUGUCCCCGUUUUUACACAACCUAAUUUCAAGGCAACGGUAACAGAAAAUGCACCUAAAGGAACUUUAGUGACAACCAUCCGCGCAACAGACAGAGACGAAGGCUUAUAUGGUCAAGUUACUUACUAUUUUACUCGCAUGUCUAAUAAUUUUGCCGAGCUUUUUGCAUUGCAUGAAAAUACAGGCGACAUAACAGUCAGUGGACCAAUUGAUUAUGAAAAGAAUAAACACUACGAACUUGGCGUACAAGCCAAAGACCAAGGAGGACAAAGUGCGUCCACAAAAGUAAUAAUUGACGUUAUUGAUGUGAACGACAAUGUCCCCUUGAUUACACUGACGUCAUUCUCUAGUCCAGUAUCCGAGGAUGCGGUCAGUGGCACUACCGUGGCUAUAAUAAAUGUCAAAGACAUAGAUUCUGAUAAAAACGGAAAGGUAGAUUGUUCGAUAAAUACUAAGAUCCCGUUUGCCAUCCAGUCGUCUUUAAAGAGCUAUUACACCCUUGUCACAGAUGGUGUUUUAGACAGAGAGCGCAAUGUCGAAUAUAACAUCACAUUCACAGCCGUAGAUGAGGGUACCCCGCCCCUCUCGGCGAGUAAAACCAUCACACUGAGAAUCUCAGAUGUUAAUGACAAUGCGCCCGUUUUUGCUCUGAGUUUAUACACUGCUAAUGUGAUGGAAAACAACUCUCCGGGGGUCUCAGUGUUUUCUGUGGGGGCCCAAGACUUAGAUUGGGGUCAAAAUGCACGCGUGUCCUACCUGCUCAUAGAAUCUCAAUUAAAUGGAAAUCCAAUAUCGUCUUACAUCUCCGUUAAUGCAGAGACAGGUGUCAUCCAGGCGGUGCGCUCCUUCGAUUAUGAGCAAACUAAAUCAUUUCAGAUGUAUAUCAAAGCUCAAGAUGGAGGCUCUCCUCCUCUCAGCAGCAAUGCUACAGUCAAAAUUAGUAUCCAUGAUCAGAAUGACAACGCGCCUCAGGUUCUGUAUCCAGUCCAGACUAGCAGCUCUCUGGUGGCUGAAAUGGUGCCCCGUUCAGCAGAUGUGGGCUAUCUUGUGACUAAAGUGGUGGCUGUUGAUGUAGACUCUGGACAGAAUGCCUGGCUCUCAUAUAAACUGCAGAAAGCGACAGACAGGGCGCUGUUUGAAGUGGGCUUACAGAAUGGGGAAAUAAGAACUAUACGCCAAGUUAAUGAUAAAGAUGCUGUGAAACAAAGGCUCACUGUUGUAGUGGAGGACAACGGGCAGCCCUCUCGUUCAACUACAGUCAAUGUUAACGUGGCGGUGGCGGACAGCUUCCCUGAAGUGCUCUCGGAGUUCACUGACUUUACGCACGACAAGGAGUACAAUGACAACCUGACUUUUUACUUAGUCUUGGCUUUGGUUGCAGUCUCAUUUCUGUUCAUCACGUGUUUAGUGGUUAUUAUAUCAGUGAAAAUAUACAGAUGGAGACAGUCUCGCAUCCUCUAUCAUUCCAACCUCCCGGUUAUUCCGUAUUAUCCACCGCGUUACGCAGACACUUUGGGGACAGGAACUCUACAGCACGUGUACAAUUACGAGGUGUGCAGGACGACUGACUCCAGAAAGAGUGACUGUCAGUUCACCAGACCCUGUAGUCAGAACGUACUGAUAAUGGACCCCAGUUCUACAGGGACGAUGCAGCGGAUGCAGAACGUACAGAACAUCCUGGAUGAACCAGACUCCCCACUAGAGGAACCAUCGAAUAGUAUUUGCUCACCAUUUUUGAUGAUAUCAUAUAAGAAAUAUUCGUGUGGAUGUUAUUCUUUGUUGGCUAUGGAAUUUAAAGGAUUCCUUCAACCUACAACAUGGCGUUUGUGUGGGCUGCAGUGGCAGGUACUCAUUUUUCUCCUAUAUCUAAGUCAUAUUGUCAGUGGCCAAAUCCGGUAUUCCAUUCCGGAGGAGAUGAAGAAAGGCUCUCUUAUCGGUAACGUGGCUCAAGACCUGGGGUUAGAUUUGAAACGGCUCCCGGGCCGGGCCCGUAUCGUGACCGGAGAAAGCAUUCAGUACACAGAGCUGAAGACAGACAAAGGGAUUCUAGUCGUGAGUGAGAGAAUAGACCGAGAGCAGCUUUGUGGCGACGUCACACCGUGUAGCUUCAGCUUCGAAAUGAUUCUAGAAAAUCCAAUGGAGCUCCAUCGUGUGACUGUAGAAAUAAUAGAUGUAAAUGAUCAUGCUCCUGCUUUUCCAAAUAAAGGCAUACAUUUUGAAAUCAGCGAAUCGGCUACCGUUGGAUCACGAUUUCUAUUAGAAAGUGCAGAGGACAAUGAUGUAGGCCUCAACGCCCUACAGAAUUACAUUUUGACUCCGAACGAUAAUUUCAUUCUCAAGCAACAUGCGAAUCCUGACGGUAGUAAAUAUGCUGAGAUGGUCCUCCAGAAACCGUUAGACAGAGAGGAGCACCCGUUUCUCUCUCUUAAGCUAAUCGCUGUUGACGGUGGAGAUCCGCAGAGAUCUGGCACAGUAAAUAUAGAAAUCACUGUCCUGGAUGUGAAUGACAAUGCGCCUGUGUUUAACCAGUCAGUGUACAGGGCUACUGUGAUGGAAAACGGUCCAAAGGGCACCUAUAUUACAACCGUGAAUGCCAGUGACGCAGACCGCGACACAAACGGACAAAUAACAUACAGUUUUUCGAAGUUGAAGGGUAGUAUAGCGGACAUAUUUGUCAUAGAUCAAAACUCAGGAAUCAUAUCUGUUUCGGGUCAGAUAGAUUUCGAGAAAGAUAAGAAAUAUGAAGUUAGAGUAGAGGCUAAAGAUCAGGGAGGUUUAACAGACUCUAGUAAAGUUGUCAUUGAAGUUAUUGAUGUUAAUGACAAUUCACCAGUUAUAAACGUCAUGUCUUUCUCCAGCCCUGUGUCCGAAGAUGCUCCUUCGGGCACAACUAUUGCUAUUAUAAAUGUUAAAGAUGCUGAUUCUGAGAGAAACGGACAGAUUACAUGCUCUAUAGAUACUAACCUUCCAUUUAAGAUCAAAUCCUCAUUGACUAAUUACUACAAUUUGAUAACCGGUUCGAUUUUUGACAGAGAAGCGGUGCCCGAAUACAACAUAACAAUUACAGCAACAGAUUCUGGUUCGCCUCCUCUCUCUAGCGCCCGGACAUUACACCUUAGAAUCUCUGACGUAAAUGACAAUGCCCCAUUGUUCGAUAAAGGACCCUACUUUGCCUUCGUCACAGAGAAUAACUCUCCUGGAAUGUCCAUAUUUACUGUCAGCGCCCGGGACUCUGAUUGGAAUCAAAACGCGAGAAUAUCGUACCUCUUGGAGGACACGCAGAUCAGUGGAAGCCCAGUCUCUAGUUAUAUAUCAAUUAACUCCGAAAACGGAGUUUUACAUGCGUUGCGCUCCUUUGAUUAUGAACAAAUGAAACAGCUUAAACUCGUGGUUAAGGCGCAAGACGGAGGCUCUCCUCCUCUCAGUAGCAAUGUGAGUGUCAACAUCUUCAUCCAAGAUCAGAAUGACAACGCGCCUCAGGUUCUGUACCCAGUCCAGACUAGCAGCUCCCUGGUGGCUGAAAUGGUGCCUCGUUCAGCAGAUGUAGGCUAUCUUGUGACUAAAGUGGUGGCUGUUGAUGUGGACUCUGGACAGAAUGCCUGGCUCUCAUAUAAACUGCAGAAAGUGACAGACAGGGCGCUGUUUGAAGUUGGCUUGCAGAAUGGGGAAAUUAGAACUACACGCCAAGUCAAUGAUAAAGAUGCUGUGAAACAAAGGCUCAAUGUUGUAGUGGAGGACAACGGGCAACCCUCUCGUUCAGCUACAGUCAAUGUUAACGUGGCGGUGGCGGACAGCUUCCCUGAAGUGCUCUCGGAGUUCACUGACUUUACGCACGACAAGGAGUACAAUGACAACCUGACUUUUUACUUAGUCUUGGCUUUGGCUGUAGUCUCAUUUCUGUUCAUCACGUGUUUAGUGGUUAUUAUAUCAGUGAAAAUAUACAGAUGGAGACAGUCUCGCAUCCUCUAUCAUUCCAACCUCCCGGUUAUUCCGUAUUAUCCACCGCGUUACGCAGACACUUUGGGGACAGGAACUCUACAGCACGUGUACAAUUACGAGGUGUGCAGGACGACUGACUCCAGAAAGAGUGACUGUCAGUUCGCUAGACCCUGUAGUCAGAACGUACUGAUAAUGGACCCCAGUUCUACAGGGACGAUGCAGCGGAUGCAGAACGAGAAGAACAUCCUGGAUGAACCAGACUCUCCAUUAGAGGUGAGUUUAUUGCCGUUUAAAUAA